CGGCAUGUCGUGUUGGUUAUGGCAUGUACUUACAGACAGCAGCAACUAGCUAGUCACCUACUAGACAGUACGUAUUCAUUUGGAGCGACCUUGCACAGACUGGUCCGACACAAAUUGUAUUUGUAAUAAGGAUUUAUUAAUUUGAAAAUUCCGAUUAGAACCAAUGGCUAGUCAUCAAACCAGUAGCCAUGUUAUCAGCAGUAAGAAGAAGAAGAAGUCUGGUCGAUCAGCGACUCGACGAACCACCAAUGUCUUCUCGAUGUUCGAGACGGCACAGAUCAAAGAGUUUAAAGAAGCAUUCGGCAUCAUAGACCAAAACAGAGACGGGUUUAUCGACCGAGAUGAUCUACACGACAUGCUCGCAUCACUUGGUAAGGACCCUACUGAGAAGCAGCUUGACACGAUGAUAAACGAGGCUCCAGGACCUAUCAACUUCACCAUGUUCCUAACACUCUUCGGCGAGAAGCUGCAGGGUACCGACCCAGAGAAUGUCAUCCUAGAUGCCUUCGGGUACCUUGAUGACGACGGCACUGGUUCCAUACCGGAGGAUCUAUUCCGAGAGAUGAUGAUGACGACGGGAAGACGAUUCACCGAAGAGGAGAUGGAAGAGCUCACGCGCGGCGCGCCCGUCAAAAACGGUUUCCUUGACUACCGUGAGUUCACUCGUACUCUCAAGCAUGGAGGCUCCAGAAAAGAGCGGGACGGUGCCGACACAAAACUUAGGACAAAAUUAAAGUGAUAAACUAAAUCAUUCGUUAUUGUAAAUUGAUUCAACAUAAAUUUAAUAAUUUAAUUGUAAAUGACCACACAUGAUUGACCCUUACUACUAAGAAUAUUGAAAAAUAAAUAAUACGUAGAAAACAACGUACAAACAAACAAAACCUGACAUUUAAGUCGCUGCUGUAUCAAAUUUGUUAAAUGCUGGUUUCCAACCAAAAGACCCUGGUCUUUCAAGAAUUAAUCUUUGACUUUAAAAACGAAUCUUUUUAUUGAUUGUCUUGUCACGUCUUUGUAACUUUUUGUAGCAGCUAUAAUAUUCAUAGUUGAAAUACUUCUAUUAUUCAAAAGAAGAAAAUAAUAGUUAUAGACUUUUGCUUAGAGCUGCAUGUGCGGCCUUCUUCUCGAAAAGCUUAUUAGAAAGGUUAAGGUAUGAAGAUUAUUAUAAUCCCUUUGUGUAAAAAAAAAUGCCUCUUUGGUGUUUUUUUCUUCUUCUAGUCUUAUCAGCGCCAUCGAUUAUAUCCAUGAUGUGGCCUAUCCUAUUAGAGAAAGACUGUAGCACUAUGAUUGAUUCUAAUGAUCGUUUCCUUUAGUUGUUGGAAAUGGAAUGUAGAUUUGAAGGUUUCGAAAGGAAAAUGAAGAUAUGAAGAUGAAGAUUUUCUCUCUUGUCUCCCCCGCUCUUCUGUCCUCCUCUACCAUUGUUCACGCAAGGCCUUCGCUGUGGCAUGCCCCCUCGAGAGUCUUGUAAUAGCAAAUCAGCUGAAGUGUUUAAUAAUAAUCUUAAAACGUAUCUGUUUAGUUCGGCAUAUGAUUUCUUGUUCUGUCAUUUUUUUGCAUGUUCUGUGUUACUUUCUGUUCUGAUGCUUAUAUGUGUUCUCUUCUUGUUCUUUGUUUUACAAGUGCGUCUUGAGCAAUUGAUUUCAAGUCGCUGAAGUGGAUUCAGCGACUUAUAUUGAAUCUUAUGAAUUGUUAUUAUACUACACUUUCUUCGGUAUUUAAUUUUGAAAUCUGUUAACUGCAAUCCAUUCUUCAAAGUUUGUGCAAUAAACAACUUCCAAACUGCCCUGGCCACUGAAAUGACACUAUUUUGUAGAAGGCAUUUCUCGCAUUAUUGAAUAAAGAUAAGUUUAAUUUUA